UGCUGCCAGCUGUGCAAGGUUGGCUCCACCUAUCGCAUAAUGGACACAUAGUUCAAUUUGGGGAAUUUUUUGAUGCCAGAUCUUUACCUGUCGACUUGAAUCCUUCCUCUCCUUUACCUCGAGAGAAAACAUCGCACAUCGCGACAACCUCUACACUAAUAAGAGGGCCUUUGUCGCUCACUGCAUUUACUUUCCUUUCUACCUUCUCCUUUAUUUUAUCUAUAUUUCUCUAACCUAUAUCACGAUGAGUAGCUUGCGGUUUCUUGAUCUCGUUAAGCCCUUCGUGGCAUUCCUGCCCGAGGUUCAGCAGCCCGAGACCAAAGUUCCCUUCAACCAAAAGUUGAUGUGGACAGGUCUGACGCUGCUGAUCUUCUUGGUAAUGAGCCAAAUGCCCCUUUACGGUAUCGUGUCGUCCGAUACCUCCGAUCCUCUAUACUGGCUGCGAAUGAUGAUGGCGAGUAAUCGAGGAACACUGAUGGAAUUGGGUAUUACGCCAAUUAUCUCUUCCGGCAUGGUCUUCCAGCUUCUCGCCGGUACCCACAUGAUUGACGUCAACCUUGACCUCAAAUCCGAUCGCGAGCUCUACCAAACUGCCCAGAAGCUCUUUGCCUUCAUUCUCUCCGCCGGUACCGCAACUGUCUACGUCUUCACCGGUCUCUAUGGCCCUCCUUCUGACCUAGGCGCCGGUAUCGUCUUCCUCUUGAUUCUUCAACUUGUCGUCGCUGGUAUGAUUGUCAUCCUCCUCGAUGAGCUCCUACAGAAAGGUUAUGGUCUUGGUAGCGGUAUCUCUUUGUUUAUCGCUACCAACAUUUGCGAGUCGAUCAUGUGGAAGGCUUUCUCUCCCACCUCUAUCAACACCGGUCGCGGUCCUGAAUUCGAGGGUGCUGUCAUUGCCCUCUUCCACUUGUUGAUGACGUGGCCCAACAAGCAGCGUGCUCUGCAGGAGGCUUUCUACCGCCAGAACCUCCCCAACAUCAUGAACCUUCUGGCAACUCUGGUCGUUUUCGCCGCCGUCAUCUACCUCCAAGGCUUCCGCGUCGAGAUCCCCGUCAAGUCUUCUCGCCAGCGAGGUGCGCGUGGUUCCUACCCCGUUCGUCUGUUCUACACCUCCAACAUGCCGAUCAUGUUGCAAUCCGCCCUUUCCUCCAACAUCUUCCUCAUCAGCCAAAUGCUCUACUCCCGAUUCUCCGAGAACCUUCUCGUCCGCAUGUUUGGUGUCUGGGAAGCGAGGGAAGGAUCCGCUCAACUUUCUGCCGUCUCCGGUCUCGUUUACUACAUGUCUCCUCCGCUCAACUUCCGUGACGCCGUCCUUGACCCUAUCCACACCGCCGUAUACAUUACAUACAUGCUUAGCGCCUGUGCUAUUUUUUCGAAGACCUGGAUUGAGGUCUCUGGUUCCAGCCCUCGCGACGUUGCUAAGCAGUUGAAGGACCAAGGACUUGUUAUGGCUGGUCACCGUGAUCAGAGUAUGUACAAGGAGUUGAAGCGCAUCAUCCCUACCGCUGCUGCUUUUGGUGGCGCUUGCAUUGGUGCGCUCUCCGUCGCCAGUGAUCUUAUGGGAGCCCUUGGCUCCGGAACCGGCACUCUUCUUGCCGUCACGAUCAUCUAUGGUUAUUUCGAAAUCGCUGCGAAGGAGGGUGAUCUCGCAGGAAUGAAAGGGAUGAUCAUGGGAUAAGCCUUAUGAUCAUUGAUCUGAACUUCUAAUUGACCGUUAUGACGGCGCAAGGUCAAAGGUGCUAUUCAUUCAAGCUGCAUGUAAUACCAAGGGACAAUAAAAGUCAUGAGGAUUUCCACAAGGGCGGCGGUGAUUGGAAAAUGCAUCAAUGGCGGUCUUCGGUCAUUUUCGUCUGGGAUUUUCUAAACUCCCAAGACGAAAUAUGUAUUAGCUUACGUAACAAUAUUAGUCAUGAAAAGUACCAAGUGUAUAUCUUUUAGUUGA